GCGAGCGAAUGGUAAAUUUAUUUUUUAUUUUUUAUUGGCGCGACUUUUCCAACCUGACCGAAACAUGAACGACUUGAACCUGCGCGUGGCCGCCCUGAAGCUGUGUGCGCACCCCAAGCGCUUUGCGGAGCUGCGCGACGCCCUCGUUCCGCUGCCCGAGCGCUGGAAGUCGGCUCCCCAGCAGUAUGUGCGCCAGUUCGCAGUGGCCGGCAGCAGUGCGGAGCAGGUGCAGGUGGUCAAGGACAUCUUCUUCGUGGAUCCGCAGCAGGAUCAUGAGCAGGUGGCCCGCUUCCUGGCCGACCUCCUGCUGGCCAGUCCCCUCAAGCACGCCGUGCGCAACCAGCUGACCAAACUCUUCUCGGACAAUGCGCUGGCCAAGCAGGAUGCCAAGCGACUACGCGGCCACUCCAAGGAGCAGCUGCUGGAGGCACUGCAGCAGUCGCUCGGCGAGAUGGCCAGAAGUCUGGCAGAGAUCACCCCGACGGCUCUGAGCCACGAUCGCACCAACGACGUCUUCGUGUCCGCCAACGCCUGCCUGCAGAACUUCCCCUUUGGACGCGAGGCCCUGGGCCAGCAGGUGCACCUCUUCGCGCCGCUGCUGCCCAGCGCCCUGGAACGCUACUGGGCGGAUAUAAGUGAUCCCUCGCUGGAGCUCUCGCCCACGCGUCGCAACGAGCUCUACCUGUACGUGCAGAACGCCCUGCGCUUCCUGGUCAGCCUGCUCUCCGAGUGGAGCGACCAGUUGCGCCUGUGCGAUGGCCACAGGUUGCUGGGCCCGGCGUGUGCGGUGGCCCAGAAGGUGGCUCGCCACAUGGACACGCCGUGGGAUGUGCGCUCCAUUGCCGGCCUGCUGAUCGGCCACCUGGCGCGCUUCUCGGGCACAUUCCAGGAGUACAUCGCCGAGUGCUCGAGGCCACAGGCGGAGCAGGAUCUGCCUGUGCAGACGGCCGCCCUGCUCGUCCUGCGGCGCACUGACUACGAGGAGUACGCUCCGCAGGCUCUGGCCAUUCUGAAGACGAUCGUCAGCGUGGGCGAGCGCGAGAGCAGCGUGAGCAACCUGCUCGUCUUCCUAUCCAAGCACCUGUUCAUCUACUCCAAGUCGCUGGGCGAGUUUCAGGACCUUCUGCCUACCCCCGAGCAGGAGAUCGUUUAUCAGCAGAUCCUUGCGGAGCUGCAAAGGUUUGCCCUGCAGAACAUCUCCAAUGCCACGGACUCGGUGCGCCACAUGAGCAGCGCCCUGCUGCGCCAGGUGCUACAGCACGCCCAGCUGGCUGGUCGGGAGCAGCUCUUUCAGGCGGUCUAUCGCCACUUUCAUGCCGCCCCACUCAGUGCCAGCUGCCCGGCUCUGGAGCAGCUCGUGGCGGUGGCGGGAGUGAGUCGGUGCCUUGAGCACUGUCCCUCGCUGUUUGGCGCCAUUUUCCCGCGCUUCCUGGGCUGCGAGGACAGCGUGGAUGCCCUGUUCAGAGCCAUGAUGGUUUCGGCCCACAAGACGCAGCCCUUCGCCGAGUGGCACGGACUGUGGAUCGGCCAGCUUCUGGCCGCGAUUCAGGCGCCCGAGAAGCGGCGCUCGGUCAUCGAACAACAGCUCACCCAGGCGGUGCAACUGGAGCCCCAGACCCUGGCCCACCUGCUGCUCCGCGACGCCCGGCUGCCACUCAGCAGCAAGCUGGCGGCGAUUCUCAGUGUGCGGCAGCUGAGCGCGAGGCGACAGGAGCUGUUGCGAGAUCUGAAGCAGGAUGUGGACCAGGCCCUGCUCGGACUGGACGACCACACGCGCCUCCUGGCGCUGCGCUUCGUGGUGGAGACGCCGCGUCCCAGCGAACACCUGACCACGGCCGAGGCGGAGGCCAUUAGAUUGUAUCUGCGCCACAAUGCCAACAAUCCGAGCGCCCAUCUGCGCCAGCUGGGCUACGGCCUGCUGCAGAAGGCUUUGCGGCGGAUCCACCUCGGCCUGGCCGAGCACCAGAAGCGUCCCACGCCGGCGGGCGAGGAGCUGCUCCGCCUGCUGACCCGCCUAACCGGCGAUCUGUCGCGCAAUCUGUUUCCCUCGGCGAACUACGGGCGACGCUGGCUGUCGCUGCACUUGCUCCGCGAUUGCGUGGAGCUCGGCCGCAAGUUGCAGCUGCAGAUCGGCGAGCAGCAGCUGCCCGCGGAGGCACUGCCCAAUCUGGAGCACUGCCUGGCCGACAGCUACGAGCAGAACAAGGUGCUGGCCGCCCGGCUGCUGGAGACGCUUCAAUCCCGUGCCCGCUUCCAGCCGGACGAGAUAAUCGGCCUGCUGCUCUCGCUGAGGCCGCCGGACUCGGCCACCGGAGCCUUCCAGCUGCAGGUAUAUUGCCGAGCCCAGGAGGUGAAGCAUGCCCUGCCCCUGCCAGUGAAGGCGAACGAAACCAUCCAUGAGCCCAGGACAUACAGGGCACUGCAGUGGUGCAUGGAGCACUUGCGGGAGGGCCUGUGCCUCGCCCAGCGAGAUCUCGCCGAGGCAGCCAAGUUGAAUCCCUUGUACGGACUGCUCUUUGCCAGCCGGCAUCUGCUCCAGCAACUGAAUCUCCAGCAACUGGCCAAGGAGCACGCCUGGCGGCAGUACGUUGAGGAGCUGGUGACCACCUGCCUGGAGGUCAGCCGCGUGGUGCUGCCUGUGGUCAGCAGCGCCUCGCCCGAGGGCCACUUGCCCGCCACCCGCGACCAGGAGACCGAUCAGCCGCUGACCAACGUGCUCAGCCGCCGGCUGCCCAGCGAGGCACUGCAGCAGGUGCGCACCACGCCCCAGAUGGUGCUCCUGUGUGCCUGGCGCAGCAUCAAGGAGGUGUGCCUGAUCCUGGGCGAGCUGGUGCAGCGGGCGCCGCUGGAAGAGGAGCAGCAGUGGGAGCAGGCUGACUUCCUGCUCAGCAGUGGCCAGCUGGAGGCCAUUGGGGAGCUGUUCCUGCUUCUGCUGGCCGAGACCAAGCAUCGCGGCGCCUUCGAGCAGGCCUACGUGGGAUUCACGAUGCUGUGCCGGCGCUUCUGGCACAGCGACUCGGUGCGUCUCAACCAGCUGCCCGGCCAGUGGGUGAGCGAGGCCAUGGCCAUGGUCAGCGGCGAGGAGGUGCGCAAGGCCCGUCUGUGCUCCACGCGCCGCAGUGCCGGCAUGCCCUUCAUGCUGCAGGCGCUGAUCUGCACGGAGCUCAAGCUGGGCACCCAUGCCACGCUCCACCGCUGCAUGCACCGGUUGCUGGAGGUGUGCGAGCGUAGGACAGGUGGGUCGGCCGGCAUCACCGCGCGCAGCCACGCGCUCAACAUCCUGCGCGCCCUCUUCCGCUGCAGCGAACUGGCCGAGCUGGUCACCGAGUUCAUGGCCCGCGGCAUCCAGUGCGCCCUGGAGGGCUUGCUCCUCGCCGAGGAGUGGGCGGAGCGCAACUGCGCCACCCUGCUGCUCGCCGCCCUCAUCGUCCGCGUCUUCGGGGUGGAGCGCGCUCGCCUGGAGACCGGUGAGCUGCACGUGCGCAACCGGAUGACGGGACGCAUCUUCUUCACGCGGUAUCCCCAGCUCUUCGACUACUUCCACGCCGCUCUGCAGCGGGAAGCGGAGCAAAUGGACUCCAUCCAGGCAGGCAGCGAGGCGGAGAUCGGAGGCGGCAAGCGUCGGCAGGCUGUCCAGCUGGAGGCCAUGCUGCUCAUGCUCAGCCGCCUGUAUCCAUCCUCGCUGGAGGGCGCCGAGUCCACGUUGAAUCUGAGCGAGUUCGUGCCCUUCCUGAUAAAGAUCUGCCGCUCCCACGAUCUGAUGACACGCGAAAGAGCUGCCUUGGUGGUGGCCAACUUUGUGAGCCAAGAGCAGGCGCUCGCCGAGAUCAGGCGCCUGGUGGUGGAACUCAAGGCGCUGCAGUUGAGAUUGAAGAAGGAAAAGGAAGCCUUCAUCCUGGACACGAAUCUCCUGCACGGUCAGCUGUUGCUCCUGCUCCAACUGCACCGCUUGGUGCGCUGGACGCGGCCCUCGUUGACGCGCAUGCAGCUGCACACGCUUGCCGCUCUGGCGGCUCCGAUCCUCCAGCGCGACGCCUGUGCUUUCAGUGCGCUGGUGGAAGUGAUGACGGCCUCCAUGGAGGAUGCCGUCGAUCCUGAACAGCUGGAUUACCAGCUGCUGGAGGAGAUAGGCGCCGUGUAUCUACUGGACCAUAAGGAGGUGCGCAGACGCUGUCGGGAGCAGGGAAUCUCCAUGCGCUUCUACCAGAUGUUUGGCCUCCAUCUCCACCGAUUGCGCGACAUUUCCCAGGGCGUAGUGCUGCACAUAGUCGAGGACCUGUCCGAGCCCAUCUGGUCCCUGGACGAGCUGAAGGUGGAGCUGUGGCUGUACAUCCUGCUGCAGAGAUCCCUGGGCGAGGCACACUCGCUGGUGAGCGAGCUGGAUAUCGAGCACUUCCAGUUUGCAGCCGACAUCCGUCGCUAUUACCAGACACUCAGCCCCGAACUGCGGGCGGAGAUCGCCCAGGAGCUGUAUCGAUCUCAGGCCGUCCGCUCGUGCGUCCUGCAGAUGAGGAAAGCCUCGACCAGCGGCUGCUGGAGCCUCCAACUGGCCGGACGCCUGGCCGCUCUGCAGCCCCUGCUCCAGGACCCGGGCCUGGAUUUGAGUGGGCUGGUCCAGCGCUGCUCGGAGGAGCACUCUAGUCACCAGGAGGCGGGACUGGUGCUGGGCCUGAAGCGUCUGAUUGCGGAGAGGAAGACCCUGGAGCGGCAGCACUGGCCACCGCUGCUGAACUACGCCCUGCACCUCGUGGAGCCUGUCCAGCCGCUCUACCUUCGUCACCAGGCUGCGGAACUGUGCGAUUUGCUGGCUCGCAAGCACUUAAAGGAUCAAUUGGGCUUGGGAGUUGCCAGCGUAGACGUGGAGGUGGUCGGUCGCUUUAUCAGACUGGUGCUGCUCCUGCUGCUGGACGAGGCGGAGUGGGUGCGUCACAAGGCCGCUCAGCUGGUGUGCAGUGCGGGCUUCAGGAGCGAAGUCCAAGUAGCCAAGGACAUAUUGCCUAGUGCCCUGACUCCGGAGUUCCUAAAAGCGGUCCUGGCAAAGCUGGAGAAGCAAGCCAACGACUCCGACUUUCUCCUGCGUCUGUUCCAUCUCAUCGCUGAGCCUUUCCUGGCCGCCGAAGCCAAGGAUUCCGAGCCGAACAUUGACGAGGACGGGGAUGUCGAGGUGUUCGACAAGCAGGUGAUCAACCUGUACUGCGAACCGCUGCUGGUCCUCUGCGAGUUGUCCGCCGCCUUUCGUGGGCAGUUUGGAAAGAGCCAGGAGCUGAUGGCUGCUAUUAAUGCCCUGGGUCUACCCGCGGAUUUGGUUCCUAGUUAGUUCCCUGGCAUAGGUCAUCCCUGAGCAUUUGAUGUGUACAACCAGGACUGUCCGAUUUUUUCGGCGGAUUUUUAAGAGACAAGGUGAUAGUUCAUAAAAGGAACAUGGUUUGACUUGUACAUUAAGUGCAUUUUUUUUAAACUUAUGUUAAAAAUUUAAUUUUACAUAUUAACGAAGAACUGCUUUUAAAUUGCAUUUUUGAAUUCAGUUUAAAAAAGUAAAAUGCAUUAUUCCAACAUAAAACAUUAACCUUCAAACCCAACAAACAAUAUUAAUGAAAUGUAACCUUCCUCAAAAACAACAAAACACACCCAUAAAAUAUUAAAACUGGACCACUGCUAGACCAUAAGUAAAAUUAGACAUCAUUGUUACCUCUGACAAGACCUAGAAGGCCUUUUUCGUAAGCUGUUCUUACCAAUUAACUUUUAGUUUUAAACUUUAAAUCAGCUUUAUAUAUAUUUACAUUGAGCUAUAUAAAGCUAACUUACAGUGUAAAACUAUAAGCUAACGUAAGCUUUAUAUUUAUAUUUAUAUUUAAUAAAAUAAAAAGGCAGCUAACAUCGAAGUUGAUAUACCUUGAUAUAGCAUUGCAGCCUAAACCAGAUCGAAAAA